UUCAGCCACCCCCGCUGAACGGUCACACUUUGAAUCUGAGAAAUUUGUCUUUUGUCAAAAAAAAAACACUUGAACACUGAAAAGAAAAACACUUUUGCAACGGAAACGGGCAGCGGAAACUAGUGCAAAACAGUGCGAAUUCGAAGUGCGCGACCAUGCAGGCGGGGCAGCACUAAGUCGGAGCCGCAUUUACCCCGAUCUCGGCCGUAUUUGGGAGCCAACGUUGGCAGCCCGUAUCCGAAUCUGAAUCUCGAUCGCAGUCUCGUUUAUUAUUAAACAACGGACAGCAGGAAAAGCAGGGAAGGGGAACCAGAACACAGAGAAUCCAAGCCCAAUCCAGACAAGAUGUACAACAACGGGGCCAGGGGCUUCUCCAUACACGACGCCUUCGAGGAGGAGACCGACGAGGCGAUACGCGUCUAUGGGUCCACCGUGAUAUCCACGCCCAUGAGGGGCGGCAAGCAAGGUCGCUCCACCGAAGACGUCUCCAUACGGAUUCAGGAUCCCAAGGGCUACAACAAGUACGCCGAGGACACAACCUCCCGGGACAGCGAUUCGCUCAUCCAGGAGUACGGCAACCUGCCCACGGAGGAGACCAACACAUACUGCUGGCGGCAUCCCAAAGUGCGCGAGAACUGGCGCACCGUGCUGGCCGCCUUCACACUGCUGGUCGUGGGCACGGGCCUCUUUGUGAUGGGCACCUUCGCCAUUGCCGAUCCGCAGAACACGUCGCAGGGAGUCGUGUUCUUCGUGGCCGGACUGAUCUGCUUCAUACCCGGGGCCUACCACGUCGUCUACAUCUGGCUGGCAGCCAAGGGAUAUCGAGGGUUCGACUUCUACCACCUGCCGCUGUUCACAUAAGCAUCUGGACACCUGGGCAGUUCAACUGGUUGAUCCAAGGACAGGAUAGAGCAGGAUAGUGAUGGGCGACCGGAGACUCCCUCCCCAUCUAUAAAUAUAAAUCUGUGUGUUUGUUUAUACUUGUAUAAACAAUUUAUUUUCUAUUUCCUAAUCGUAAUUAACCCAAAACUCGGUUUGUGUAACGUCCUUUUUGUGUUUAGCGGCAAAAAUUUCGUUUAGACAAAGAACCCCGUCCCCUUAAAACCCGAAUUGAAAUCUAGCAAUAUAUAUAGAUUAUAUAUUUUACAAUAUUUUCUAUUAUGUACUCGGUAAAGUGUUUUGUAUACCCCGAUCCAACCCCAAAAGAAGUGCAAAACAUUCAUACGUACACUCGAAAUUUAUUUAAACAAAAGAGAAAAACAAACGAAAGACUUUGUAUAUGAUGCUAACAUGUUGAGGAAGCGCUAGAGUUAUAAUGUAUACUAUAUAUAAUUGUAAUUGUAAUUUAUUGAAAUUUAAUUGCACCAAAAACGCUGGCAAGCGUACGAAAAUGUUUUACGAUUUUCAAAACCAACACUCAAAAACAAAAAAAAAAGAUUAACCGUACACCCACGAAUCUAUGUAUAUGAUUAGUGAGCGUCUGUCCAGGGAUGCGCCUUAAAGAACUAGAUCUAGACUUUAGUCAACGUCGAAUUAUGAUUCUGUUUAAACUUUAAACCUAAUCGAAAGCAGCGGGAAUCUUUUCGAGCAACCAUGAUAAUACCAAGCUACUAGUGAUGUAAGACGAUGCGCCGAUAUUGCAAUACGUUCUUUUAUAGCUAUAUAGUGAUGACGCGUCUCUUUUCCGCUGACCUUUGCCCCCGUCCUCUAAUGAAAUUACUUCUCACAGUCAUCCACAUUUCUGAAAACCAAUCACACACACCUCAUCUGCCGUUUAGUUAAUGUCGUAUAAUUUCUUUUUUAAGAAAUGCUGAAUAUGGUUGUAUUAAAACAAAAAUAAUUAUUACACGCAAAAAAACCAUAAAAAACGAAAAAAAAAAACAAUAAAUUUACUUAAAACACAUAAAUACGAUUUAUGGCUAAUACAGGACUCCUUUUUUUCCAAAAUUUACACAAAACCUUAUUUGUAGAUUUAUCUUUGUGACUUUUGUAUGUAUUUUCCCCUUGAAUGUUGGUUUUUAUUCGAAUUAAACAUAUUAUUUUAAAAAGUUGAGUUUGUUUUUAUUAAGGGCGACUUUUUCCUUAUCUAUAACAAUGCUAUGGUUAAAAACCCCAUUUGUUUAUAAAUUUAACGUGAUUUAUCGUUUCUUCUUUUUAUUUUAUUACAUUUUUAGCAUUCCUUUUGGGAAUUGAUUUCAUUUCUUUACGCAGCUAAAAAUGAGCGAUAAGUUGUAUCUUUCUUUUGCGGCAUGCCCAUUGAACUGUAUCAGAAUCAUUAUCAAGUUCACCCCCAACAAGUCCGCAGUGCGUUUCAAAGCUGUAAGAUAACAGGGAUAGGGGUACGAUUAUUCCAGACGGAAGCUAUGACUUCUGAUAUUUUAAUAUAUUUAAAGAAUUUGAAUUAGUCGUAUUAUCUUUUGAUGUCCCAUUUAAAUCCCAUUCAUCUAUUUGUUCAUGAGCCAUUUGCGAUUACGCUUUAUGGCAUUUCCGUUUCUAGCUGACCUUGCUCUAUUAAUGUUUUGAUAACCCUUCAAUUACGGGGGCACUUGGCCUUUGUCCUACAGUCACGAAACGCACUGUCGGCCAGCUCCAGCUCCAUGUCUUAACCAAUCCCAAAUUCCUCUUGGUUUAAUGGAUUCGGCUGCCUUCGGCUAAUGGCAAUGCAAACGAGUUAAGAUGAAGUGAAAUGUUUGAAACAAUCAAAUCGGCAAUGGAAUAGGAUAGAUACUUGAUACUUGCUCAAUAUACGAAGUUAACGACGGCUCUAAUAGGUUAAUUAUAUUGGUGUUGUGCGCCUCUCCGAAUCGAUUAUUUUUGUAGCCUUUGACUUAUUUGAAUUGUAUUUAAAUAAUUGUUGCCUCGACUCCAUUCGAUUCGAUUUUGAUCCGAACCGAUUUGUUUCGCCUCGGUUCGACCGUUGAUGAUUAAGCUUUAAAUGUGCUUAGCGAAGUAAGUGUGGAAAUGGAAUAAAGUGCAUGGAAAUUAAA